AUGGUUCCUUUAAAUGGAGAAAUAUUACUUGAAGCAAAUGAGAUAUGGGGAGUACUUAGAGGAAUUGAAACUUUUAGUCAAUUAUUUUUUGUAAAACAAGGACAAUUAUAUAUCCGCACAAUUACUGUCCAUGAUUGGCCAGAAUAUUCUGUUAGAGGAAUUUUGCUAGAUACUUCCCGUCAUUAUUUAAAUAAAAAUAUUAUUUUGAGACAAAUUGAUUUGGCCUCUCAAAAUAAAAUGAAUGUUUUACAUUGGCAUAUUGUUGAUAUGGAAUCCUUCCCUUUUGUGUCUACUAGAUUCCCUAAUAUUUCAAAAGAAGUAAUUAAUUCUUCGUUUAAAAAUAUUUUUUUAAUUAAAAAGGGGGCUUUUACUUCAAAACAUAUUUAUUCGCCAAAUGUUGUUGAUGAAAUUCUUCAACAUGCACGUUUGCGUGGUGUUCGAGUAAUCCCUGAAUUUGAUACUCCAGCUGAUUGUUAUGAUAAAAAGAAUAGAUUAGUUACAUCAAGUAUGCUUGACCCAAGUAAAGAAUCGACAUAUAUAUUUUUAAAAGAAUUUUUAAAAGAAAUUGAUGAAACUUUUCGUGAUAAAUAUAUUCAUUUGGGUGGAGAUGAGACUGCUUAUUGGACAAUUCAAUGUUGGUAUGUUAAUUUUUUGAUUAUAAUAUUAUGGAUGGAAUAUCUAAAUUAA